GCUUCUUUCUAAAUAUUCUUUCUCUAAUUUUCUUCUGCUCACUUAUUUUUAACAUAUUAUCAACUAUUACUCUACUGCACCUAUUCUCUUUCACUUGCUUUGUAGUUAAGGAAUUACCCCAAUCUUCCUUUCCUUUCCAUCCUUUUACUUAUUUGCAAUAGUUCAACUCUCCUCACAGGAAUCCCUUCACAAGAAUCCCUUUGCAGAAACAAAUUAAUCGAACGAGGGAGAAACAGCGAAUGGGUGUUCACUCGGUGUAUUACUCCAUCUUGCUACUAUGGCUAAUACAAACAGCAGCAUCGCAAGAACCAGGCGAGCUCGGUUGUCAGAAAAAAUGUGGGGAUGUUAACAUUUCAUUUCCAUUUGGGAUAGAAGCCGGCUGUUUUGCGAAUACGUGGUUUAGAGUAACUUGCAAGGAAACUGCUAACGGACUAAAACCUUUCAUCAGUCGCAUCAAUUUGGAGCUUCUGAUUUCGACCCCCACAGUUGUGUUGAUCAACAAUCCAGUAACUUCUGUCAACUGCGGCAAUAAAGAUAAUAACGUCGCCGUUGCUGGAGUCAACCUAACUGACAGUCCAUAUUCCUUCCCAUAUAGCUACAAUAGGUUCGGGUCUGUAGGUUGCGGCAAUUUGGCUACUAUUUUUCGUAAUCAAACUUAUCGUAUUGGUGGCUGCCUGCAGCCAAGAUGUGGUGACGUGUCUUCCACUUCUAGCUGCCACGGCUCAAUUCUUGAAAAUCUGAAAUCCUAUACCGCAACCAUAUCAGAGAUGUAUCCUGAUCAUAAGGACAGCAAGAGAUGCAGAUCAUCUGUUUUCUUGUUUUACUGGGGUAUGUUGGAUACAGAUUCGGCGCUCCUCCUUGACGGUAACGUAAACAUUAGUACGACGCAUGUUCCUGCAGUGCUCAAGUGGGAUACCGUGAAAUGCAAUUUGGGAGACACACGAUGCAAAGAAUUAAAGGCAGUAUCUGAUCAGAAGUCUGAUUGUACAGUAAGCUGUGGAGAAGUUGAUAUUGCAUACCCAUUUGGAAUGGAUGCCCGCUGUUACAUGAAUGAGUGGUUCAAAGUAACUUGCAACGAAACCGCCGAUGGGAAAAAACCUUUCUUAAGCAGCAUCGGUCUGGAACUACUCUCUUCUUCAUUUACCUUAGGAAGCGUUCAAGUGAACAAUCCUGUAACAUAUAUCCAAUGCCAGGAUAUACAUAAUAAUGGGGUUAGUGUCAACCUAACAGGUAGCCCGUUUUUCUUCUCAAUCGACAAUUAUUUCGUAUCUGUAGGUUGCGGCAGUUUGGCUACUAUUCUUCACAAUCAAACUCAUCUUAUUGGUGGCUGUCUGCAAUCCGGUUGUAGCAAUAUUGUGACUUCCUACGGUCGCUGCUUUACGAGUAUUCCUCAGGGUCUCAGUUCUUUUGUUGCAAACAUGACAGAGAUUUAUCCUAGUAAUGGCAGCAAUAGAUCAUGCGGAUCUGCUUUCUUGACUGAUAAAAUUUCAUUAAUAUAUUCAAACCGCGUUGACUUAAGCAGUAAGAAAAACUUUUCUACAACACUGCGAUGGGGCACACCAAAAGUUGCGCCGUGUAAGUUGAACGAAGGCUCAGAGAUCUUAUGUAGCCAGGAUGAAGAAUAUUGUUGGACAAACUUGGGCUACGCACAUCUAUGUGUUUGCAGAAUGACAGAGCACACCAACGAGGAUUAUUACUUUACUAAUAUAUGCGAAGAACCAAGCAAAUGCGCAUUUCCUGAAUAUAAUAAGUAUUCUAAAUAUAAGUACUGUCAUAUGCUUUGUGUGAAUGCUCCUGGCAAGUCUUGUUCGCCAUGCCCUGCUAGAUAUCAAUAUAACCAUACCGAAGAUGUGUGCAAGCCAAAAGAAUAUAACUAUUCAUCACCAACAGUUUUGGCCAAAAAGACUCAAGCUGGGGCGAUCAUUAUAGGUUGUAGCACAAGUAUUGGGACACUGUUUGUACUGCUUGGUACAUGGAGUAUGUACAAAGUACUAAAAAGAAGAAAAAGUAGCAAACUUAAGCAAAAGUACUUUAAAAGGAAUGGAGGUUUACUACUGCAACAGCAGUUGUCCAGCAAUGAAGGUAAUGUUGAUCAAAUAAAGUUGUUCACCUCAAAGGAAUUGGAAAAGGCUACGGAGUAUUAUAACGAGAAUCGAAUCCUUGGUCAAGGAGGCCAAGGAAUUGUAUAUAAAGGAAUGUUAACGGAUGGAAGCAUUGUUGCUAUUAAGAAGUCUAAAAUGGUGGAGGAUCAAAAGAAAUUAGAUGAAAGGAUGGUUCAACAAUUCAUUAAUGAGGUGAUAAUUUUAUCACAAAUUAACCAUAGAAAUGUGGUUAAGCUUUUAGGAUGUUGCUUGGAAACAAAAGUCCCUUUGUUAGUGUACGAGUUUGUGCCAAAUGGAACACUCUCUCAACUCAUACACGAUAAAAAUGAAGAGUUCCCACUGACAAGAAAAAUGCGUCUACGUAUUGCAACAGAAAUAGCGAAUGCUUUAUCUUAUUUGCAUUGCUCUGCUUCUAUCCCUAUUUAUCAUCGAGAUAUAAAAUCUAGCAACAUACUUUUGGAUGAUAAAUAUAGAGCAAAGCUGUCAGAUUUCGGAACUUCAAGAUCAAUUGCAAUUGAGCAAACUCAUUUAACCACUCGAGUUCAAGGAACUUUCGGAUAUUUGGAUCCAGAGUAUUUUCGGUCAAGUCAAUUUACAGAGAAAAGCGAUGUUUAUAGUUUUGGAGUUGUUCUCAUUGAACUUUUAACGGGACAAAAACCCAUCUCCUCAACACAAUCAGAGGAAGCGAGAAGCUUGGUAGCCCUUUUUCUACUUUCAAUGAAUGAGAAAUCAUUGUUUGAUAUUCUUGAUCCCCAAGUAAUGAAUGAUGGUUCGCAAGAAGAGAUUAUAGCCGUUGCUCAGUUAGCAAAAAGAUGCUUGAACCUUAAGGGACGAAAAAGGCCUACAAUGAAACAAGUUGCGAUGGAGCUAGAGCGGAUUAGAGCAUCAGGAGAAGCCAAUGUUAUUCGACAAAGUGAUGAUGAAGAUUCUGAUAUAGAUGACAAGAUCGAACCUUGGGAUAUGGCUUCUUGUUCAACUAGGUCAGUUAUAACUAAUACUAGUGUAACUUUCCCAUCAGACGCAUAAUCCUAAUUUCCAGCACUCACUAAGCAAUCUUCCUUUGGUGUGUACUUUGUGUAAUAUAUCUUCAUUGUGUAAUACAUCUUCAUGUUUA